GAGCCGCUUUCCUUGCAGCUCCUCUCACCUUGUGCCGGCUGCCUGCUCCACAGGGUGCUCGUCUCCCAGAGCUUUUAGGGGAUGGGUGGCAGCUGUGAGGAAGGGAAGUGGGUGUGUUGCACAUUUAGGGCAACUGCAGCCUGCAGUUGCAGCGUGCGGGCUGCUCGGCAAGCACUGUCAGCAUGCAAGGGAUGUGCGCCGGGGGCCCGCGCUGUGUGUCUGGCCAUGCAUCCCUGCCGAGGGUGUAGUGCAGAUGCUGGGAGCAAAGGAGGAAUGGCUGUGUCCCAGUGAGUCAGCCCAGCCUGCCAAAUCCUCAUUUGGAGGAAUGCUUUGUCUUCCUGCCAUCGCUGCUGUGCACGCCCACACGCCUGGCUGGAGGGAUGCGCCAGCAGUCAAGUUUGGGCUGAGGGAUCUCCUGGCUGCCAAAUCAGUGGGGAGUUGCUGGGAGACAGUGGGCAAGCUCUGGGACAUGCCCGGGAGGCCCAUGGUGGAGACCACACAGGGCUUGUGCAACGAGCCUAUUUCCACCAUGGACUUGCUGGGUUCAUCCCUGGCUCACUCUCCUGGUGCAGGGGCUGUGCAGGGGUUUUGAGCAGCUGAGCACCACCCACGAGAGGACAAGAUGUUUGGAGGAAAAAUGACCAGUGUUGGGAAGAAGCUGAUCCGCCGGCGCGUGGUGGAUCUGAGCUCCGAGGACACACGUUUUGCUCGCUGCCUCUCCACGCUGGAUCUCAUAGCCCUCGGGGUGGGCAGCACACUGGGGGCUGGUGUGUAUGUGCUGGCUGGGGAGGUGGCCAAGGAGAUGGCUGGUCCCUCCAUCGUCCUCUGCUUCCUUGUGGCUGCUCUCUCAUCGGUACUGGCUGGACUUUGCUAUGCAGAGUUUGGGGCCCGUGUCCCCAAGACUGGCUCUGCCUACCUCUACAGCUAUGUCACCGUUGGUGAGAUCUGGGCUUUCACAACUGGCUGGAACCUCAUCCUCUCCUAUGUGAUAGGCACAGCCAGUGUGGCUCGAGCCUGGAGCGCAGCAUUUGACAACAUCAUUGGCAACCACAUCUCCACCUUCUUCAUGAACAAGACCACACUGCAUCUGCCAGGGGUGCUGGCUGAGCGCCCGGACUUCUUCGCCCUGAUCCUGAUUGGGCUGCUCACUGCGCUGCUGGCCUUUGGCGUCAGCGAAUCUGCCCUCGUGAACAAAAUCUUCACGGCGGUGAACCUGGUGGUGCUGGGCUUUGUCAUCAUCGCCGGCUUCGUGAAAGGAGACAUCAAGAACUGGCAGCUCUCAGAGGAGGACUACAUCAACCACUCAUACCCACUGGAUGAUAUCAGCAAAAAAGCCUUCGGCUCCGGCGGGUUUGUCCCCUUUGGACUGGAAGGGAUCCUGACUGGUGCUGCCACCUGUUUCUAUGCCUUCGUGGGCUUUGACUGCAUUGCCACCACAGGGGAGGAAGCCAGGAACCCACAGCGCUCAAUCCCUAUUGGCAUCAUUGUGUCCCUCCUCAUCUGCUUCGUGGCUUAUUUCGGGGUCUCUGCGGCCCUGACCCUCAUGGUGCCCUACUUCCUCCUGAACAAGGAGAGCCCCCUGCCUGAGGCUUUCAAGGCAGUGGGCUGGGAGCCCGCCCGCUACGCUGUUGCCGUCGGCUCGCUCUGUGCCCUCUCCACCAGCUUGCUGGGCUCCAUGUUCCCCAUGCCCCGUGUGAUCUAUGCCAUGGCGGAGGACGGGCUGCUCUUCAAGUUCCUCUCCAGCAUCAACAACCGCACGAAGACCCCUCUGUCAGCAACCAUCACCUCAGGGCUCCUUGCAGCGGUGAUGGCCUUCCUGCUUGACCUGAAGGACCUGGUGGACCUCAUGUCGAUCGGCACGCUGCUGGCCUACUCCCUGGUGGCGGUGUGCGUGCUCAUCCUCCGGUACCAGUCCGGGCAGCUGAACUCCCCAAAGGCCAUGGAGAUGCUAGAGCUGAACGGGAAUGAGGAGGAGAGGGUGAUCAUGAACCCUGCUGUCACCACUGCCAGUACCCAGCAGAAAGAGACACUGUCCCUGGCAACACUCUUCAACCCGCCUGAGGACACCCCCACCAUGCUCUCGGGGCGUAUUGUCUAUGUCUGUGUCUCGGUCAUCGCCACACUGAUCACGGUCAUCUGCGUGGUCCUCACCCUCAAGGUGACCGCGCUGAAAGACGCCAGCGUGGGCUGGAUUGUGGCCCUGGUGCUGCUCCUCAUGGCUCUGCUCAUUCCCACCAUCAUCGUUUGGAGGCAGCCACAGAGCAACGCGCGGUUGAACUUCAAAGUACCUUUCCUCCCACUCCUGCCGAUCUUCAGCAUCUUUGUUAACAUCCUGCUGAUGGUACAGCUGAGUGCCGGCACCUGGGUGCGGUUUGCCAUCUGGAUGGCUGUGGGUUUUAUGAUUUACUUCGGCUACGGGAUUCGGAACAGCGUGGAAGGGAAAAAUGCAGAAGAACCCUGUGCCACAGUAGAAAAGCCUCUGCACCACCCUGGACUGGACCUUGGCCCCGGGGCUGCUGCGGUCUGAGGUACCAGGCAUUGGCACUCCGUGGAUCUCUGCUAGUAUUCCCACUCGGGAACAAGAUCAUGAUCCGCACGGUACAUCCAUCCCCUCUCCUGCAGGGAGUGAGUCCCAAAGUCAGGACCACAGAACUGGGUCGUGUGCUGCCCUUUCCCCUUGCAGAGCAAAGGUCACGGAGAUGAGUCCCCGGGCCAGGUGGGAGCGCCGGUGGCCCGGGGCUGGUCUCUGCCAUCCCCCCCAACCCUGCUGAGGGGCAGUGACACUGGUAUGGCCCUCCUGCUGUAAGCUGCUGUCAGAAAUGCUGCUUUCCCUGCACAUGGGAGGCCCCAUGUGAUGGCACAGCUGUAUUCGUUCUCUCUGUCCAUGUGGCUGUGGUCACCACCUCCUCUCUGUGCUUUCCAAGCGCCAGGCGUGUACAUGGCAGCCAUGCAAUGAGGCUUGGGGUGGUUUGUUCUGGUAUUGCCAGCAGUCUGGUGCUGCCCUGGCCAUGCUGCUUGGUACGAGCAUCUAGCUCGGGUGUCUGUGAAGAUGUCCACAGUGUAGCCGUAGCAGUGUCCAACCUCAUAUGCCUUUGUAUAAUUGGUGUUUUAAUGUCGACUUUUAUACCUAUUAAACUAAAUGUUUUUUAA